AUGUUCUCAGGUCCACAUGUGAAUUCAAAUAAAUAACUUAAACCGGAGGAUUCCUUCGGUGAGAUCUCUUCCGUGUAUUACAGUAGCGGUAGUUUAGUUUUACAGCGGGAUCAACAACGAUUAGUGGUCGAGCAUUACAAUGAUUAGCAGUGAUGUUCGAAUUUACUCGUUGGCGGAGCUAUUUUUGCGGCAGGCUGAAUCACAACAAUGGACGUCCUUGCGGGACAGCGGGACGUAGCGUGCCGCGACGCGGCGGUAUAUUACAGCGGUAUUGACAAAAUAUAAUACGGUGCCAACUUAGAACGAAACAAAUCAAGCGAUACAGGAAAUGCGAUAAUUAAUUACAUGCUGUAACAUUGAUAAUAUGAAUAAAUAACAAAAAAUUGUGUAUAGAUAAAAUUGUUUGAGAAAAUGUAUAAAUUAAAAGUUUAUUAAUAAAUCGUGAUAAAAAAAAUAUAAAAUAAUGAAUGAAUCAACAUGAAUUGUAUGACGUGUAUAAAAUAAAAAUAUGAAAAUUAACAAAAAUAAUAAAUAUGACUGUACUCAUUGUCAAACAAUUAGAAAUUCGACGAUGCCAAUAGGGCGUAUAAAGAGUGACAUGAAAAUAUCAAAAUAAAAGAAUAAGUAUGCGUACGAAUUUAUAUAACAAAACAAAGAUCAAAAUAAUGAGCCUAUAAAAGAAUAAUAAAUACAUGUAAAAUAACUAAAAGACAACACAAGAAUGAGAUGAAAGAAUGAAAAUGAAAAUGAUUAGUAGAAUUUCGAAAAAGUGAUGAUAUCGUGACCGUUUUAAAAUGGCGUUGUCAAUCCUCAGCUAAUUCAUCAUCUAAGAUCUUCCUCCUUUUCCAAGCCUUCAGGUAUUAUAUAGGUUCGUUUAGUCCAUGAUAUUAAAAUGCAGGCUCCAGGUAGCAAACAUGCUCGAAGUAUUCAGCUUUUAUUUUUAGAAAUAAAUGUAAAGAUGACGAAUGUAUGCUGUGUAUGUUUGAUGGGUAUCGAAGAAUGAGGUACAGAAUUAUGUAUAUUGAGGUGAUCACCGAUCUCGAGGAAGUGCUUUUAAAUUAUGUUCCUUCUUGCCUUGUACCUCUUAUUACUCCCACUCUUCGCUCUCUGAUCCUCAAUUCCCCUUCCUACAUUCUAUCGAUCAUUUGAUGAUUCGUUACAAUGCAAUGAUCUUUGGGUUUUCUCAGCGGAAGGCUGGAUUAACUAACUGACCAUGAACGUAGGUGAUAGCGAUAAUCCGGCGGGAGCGGAAGGAACAGCGGUAUAUUAUUUCUAAAUUAUUCUAAUGCGACUGCGUUCAGCCGCAUCGGUAUUACCCCUGGUAGGUUUAAUCGUGACAUUCUCUCAUAUAAUGCUCCAUCAGGUAAAGCGAUACAAGUAAUAAUUCGUCUAGCAACCAAUACAUCAGUCCCUACUGGACUCUACUGAAGCAUGUGGUUGUAAAAUUAUAAUAAUUGUUCGAGAGGCAUCAUUUUGAUAAAUAAUAAUUAUAACAGCGGUAAUGAUUUUAUUCUGCAGAAAACGCCAAUUUAUUGCGAUAUAUUUGAAAGCGACAAUAUUGAGUCAACCCUGAACAUUCACGCCUCAUUCACACAUGUACAUAUAUAACGUAAAAUCGUUGUAGGUAAGUAUAAAACAAGUUAUAUCUAUAUAUAAAUGUAGGGCCGCCAUCUGACGAGGGCAAAUAAUUAGUCGAUAGGUAGGUAGGUAGCGUAGGUGCCCGGCAACUGAAAAGUUUUGCGCGAGGGCCGUGAGAGAAGCGCGGAGCGAGCAAAAAAAGAAAAAAAGAGGGUUAGAAAGUAAAACGACGUCCAAGCGACCGGCACGUAUCGUGCACUGUACCAAAACCAAAUACUGUAUUACCAUUAUUUUCCAAAACAAUUAAAAUUAUUUCUCAACAGUGUGAAUCGGUUUUAUUUAAUCGCGAGAAUCCCACAUAAAUAAUCUCAAAAUCGGUGUAUAAUUGUAUAAAUAAAAUAGUUAUAGUAAAAUUGUUCUCUGGGGAGAUUCACUGGACUAGCAUGGUACGUUAAGUGAUUCAUGAUGGAGGCUGUGGCGUCGAUGCUCGUUCUCAGUACUGGCGAUGUGGUGAGUUUUCUUUUCAAAAAUUGUUGUAAGUCCGUGUUUAAUUUAUAAAAUAUUAUGUGAUUGAUUACAGCUGAUCGUCACUGAUGGUCAUUUUUAUAUUGUUUUCUUAUAUUUCAGCCCCGUUUAAUGGAUCACACUGGAUUUACUGCCUCGUGUUGUACGAUAUUUCAAUAAAAUGGAGAACGAGCGCACUUACGUCCUUACCGAUCAAUUGUCUUCCCCAGAGUAUCUUUACUUGUCCUCAUCCGGUCAAGGAUUACCUUAAACCGCUAGAGUCAUAUCUAAAUCUAUAGCUCACAUUUGACCAACGUGACAACGCGCGUCUUAUUUAAAUACAUUUCAUACUUUCGAUACACGGUAAGGCUCUAUCCCAAAAUAGCGGAAAUAUAAAAGAUAAUCAAAAGAUACUGCAAAGAUAUGCAACAAAAUAAGCAGAAAAAUAAGCUCAAGCAAUCACAAAGUCGCUCCUCAGAGUCAAAGAUGAAUGAACCAAAUCACGGGCCCUUUAUCGGCCCGCUACACAAAAAAAUACUGUUUCAGAGAGACUUCGGAUUCCAUGCAAACGAUAAACUUUAGCGAUAGACUACAGCGGUAAUUAGAGUGGUGGCAGAGAAAUACGUUGAUCUUCGUAGGCGGCUGAACGCAGAAGAAGGAGACGAUCUUCGUCCUCGUAGUCGGUGGCUCUUCUCUACCUCGUCCUCCGUUAUGGUGGGGCGAACAAUUAGGCAAUACCAUUGGUCAUCCAUCACACGUGAUUUUUGCGUCAUUGUAAGAUUCGGGACGACUCGUCAGCCAUCGGGAGCUUAGGUGUUGGCGGAGAGCAGCGGGACGUAUGCGGUAUUGUACUGUCCUUUCCUCCUAUGCGGGAAAUCUGUGACUCAUUGUCAGUACGGUAAUUAUUUCGUUCGCGGGCGGGAAUUUCCUGCUGAUCUGAUGCGCUAAGGUGCGUUAUUUGGACCUCUCCCUGAUGCGGCAGCCCCUCGGCCUUCUGGCCCUGAGUUCGAAGAACACCACAGGUGGAAGGUUCACCUGAAACUAACGAUCAGCUGUGGCACGGGGAGGCCUGAGGAUGUGCGCUCAUCCUGUUCCUCAUCCAGACGUCGCGGUGUGCUACACUCACCCAUCAUCACGACGGUUACUUCCCUCUGGGCUGCGAUACUAUCAUAGGCCUUCUGGGCCAAUAUCACGUCGAAACCAGAAGCGAGAACACUAGACCGUUGACUGAUGAUAACUAGGAUGACGAUAGCAAUCUUCAGUCAACGACUAGACGGUGUAGCCGAUGUAACAUCGGGAAGGCGUAUGUUCCUUCGCUCGGGGAUUCAGUUGUAGCGGGACUCUUAUGCCGUAGCUUUUAGCCCUAUUUCCGACGCUACUUCGGGAAUCAGUCGACUUGCGAUAUAGCGAGAAUUAGCGGUAGUGGGUCGUAUGCGAAUCCUUCCACUCCAUCUGACUUUGAUCCACAAAUAACAACAGCCCUCUCGUAUAUGGGAUGCUACCCUCGGACGCCUUCGCAACGUAGCAAUCUGGGCUGCACAUCCGGGAGGUUUGACAUAGAGGUUGUUAACAGCGGCAUUAAAACUUACAAUUAGCAGAAAUCCCAGGUGCGGUACUGAGGAAAUCACGGUGGUGCGAUAGAGAUGCCUUUAUGGUGUGAUAGAGAAAGAGAUAUCGCCGGGAGCGGUAGAGAUGUCGUCACGAGGCGGUAGAGAUGUCUUCGUCCAGUCGUAGAUACAGAGUUAUGCAAAUAAUAAUUAAAAAAGCUUAUUAAAACCAAGCUCACCUGCCUAUUUAGUGUCACUUUGAUUUCUCCCAGGGUUUUCGCGGUAUUUCCGACGUAUUUCUUUCGCUAGCUGACAGUUUUUUCAUUGAACUGACCCUACUGGGACGUUGCAUCGAAAAUGCAACGUCACAAUACAUAGACAAGUUAAAUUUAAGUCGAACAAUAAGUCCAGAGUUGAAAAAUUAUAAACGAUACAGACAUAAAAUUAAAAAGUCAGUAUAAGUAUGGUAUAAGUAAAACUGUAUAAAUAAAAUCAAUGUUUGAUGACACGUAUGGACGUUUAAAGAAUAAACUAAACAUAUAACAAUUACUGAUUAUGUAAACAGAUGAAAAAGAUGAAUAAUAUAAGUAACACGUAUAGGUUGCCGUCAAUGAAAUGAGAGAGAGAGGAUGAUUGCGCGACUGAACUUUUCGAAAUCAGUUGAAAUAAUGGCUGCUACUUUGUGGGCUGUUUGUUUCGUAAUGGUUUAUUUACGGUAAAAAUUGUCCAGCGAUCCUUACUUUUUUCUUCUUCGCUUUGGCAUCAGCACGUCCAGUACCUCGAUUAUCAGAUAAAAAUUUUCUCUCUGUCGCUCUUUUCUUCUUUUUUUUCUCUCACUUCUCUCUCUCUCUCUCUCUCUCUCUCUCUCUACAUGAAUAUCGUUACGUUGUCAAUGUCUUGAAUACUAGUCACAAUUAUCAGGCGUUCGAAUCGCCAUGUAAAUAACCAAUCGAACAACAGUGACAAUCAUACAUCUAUCAUUCAAACGAUGUUCUUAUCAUUGGAUGCCACUUGAGUGCGUAGAAAUACAAAUAUUAUUCCCUCCUCACAUUAUUGAAUCAACUGAUGCGAUUUUCAAAUUUUGAAGCAUUGAAAUUAUUCAAAGUCGACGAACCAUCUUUAUAUCAUUUCGAUACGACUGGGUAAUAUGAUUUAAAAAAUCACGCAUCCGGCAAUUCUUUACUAAUUUUUAUGACUCAAAUUUUGUCCACGCAGCAUUUUAGCCAAAAAACAAUGCACUCGGGUAUACGAACCCUCGCAAUAGGUUCAGGACAUCUCACCUGCGGCCAGCUCGGCCCAGGUACCUGGACCGAAAGUAGAGAAGGAUAGUUCAAAUAGCCAAAACUUUUCUCACUUCAACCGAUUGAUUCUCUUAUACCUAGAAAUAAAAGCUUCCUCGCGAACGCAGGGUACUGGUGUACUACGAUGGGUGAAACAUUUCGAUUAUACCUACAAUUUGGUUCUUGUUUUUCUUUCUACGAUAAAAUCACGCCUCUUAUAACACAGAGAGAAAAAAAUGGUCGCAAUAACUAAAAUUCGGGUAUCCUGAAUCACAAUCGCCGGUUAGUAUAGGGAGAACUGGUCCCGAUGGUUAACACUCCGUUGGAAUGGUGGGAAUGGCGAUGUGGUGAAAUUGACACGUUAUGCGAUGGUAAUAGAAAUCAUUCACAACUUAUUGUGGUAGUGACAAUAACAAUUACCGUUGAGUUGACCACCGUCAUGCAGUGAUUGCAACUUCUAUACAACUGCGUAAAGGAUCUCAGUUUUUCGUUGUAAAAUAUAGCAAAAUUAACGAACGAGAGGGAGUCCUUUAUGGAUUACGAUACUACGCAAUCAUAGUUCACCGUAACCGACGGAUUAUCGGGUAAGACCGAUAAUUGCGGAUCCAACGGACGACCAAAAGCUCUCUCUUCUCCCUAGGCCCUCGUGACGAGCAGACGUCUAACAAGAUAAGUUACCUGAUAUAUAUAUGUCGGUGAUUUAUACUUUCAUGCCUGGGACGAUGGAUGAUUACAUCAUUCGAACGUAGUCACGAUCUUCAAAAUUCCAGUGUCUUAUGAACUUGUUUUGCACAGCAACGUUUGGCAUUUUGGAAUCAGAACACUUUUGAAGAAGCUUGAAUUGACAGCAAUCGUGAAUUCGUUUAUCAUCCCUUGCAUUCAAAUAUUAUUUGUUCUGUUAUUAGAGGAAACCCUUUUGUGAAUAAUACAUCAAUUAAUUGAUAUUAAAAUUACUAUUAUUACAAUACCAAACCGGCAAUACCUAUGUCGCCCAUGAGGCGUAAUCGUUUGAAUAAAAGAAGUGGCUCCGUCGCCUCGACAUAUAUAGGUAUAUGCAAUACAUUCUAAUAAACGUUAAAAAACAGGGGAGGCUGAGUUUAUUUUAGCAUUUCCAUUUUAUUGUAACCGAUAUGUUCUAAAUAAAUAAUAAAUUAUCACAAAUCGCGCCCGAACAAAAGAAAAUAGAAUAAAAAAUUUGAUUAAUGUAAAUACUAACAAUAAGUAUUUAUACAUAUAAUAUUCUACUUUAAUAAAUUUAGAAACCUUUAUACAAUAAUAAGAGACGAUAUCACAAAAUAGAUGUACAUAUAUUAUAUAGACAAAUAGAUAGCAUUUUAAACUAAUUGUAAGUUGAUGUUCACCAGGUCAAAAGCCGAUACGACUAACAAUAAGCAAACCAGCGUGAUUGCAAAAAAACGUACCGUCACGGGUGUAGCUAAAAGAAAGACAGAAAUGUCACAAGACAAGGAGGAUGAUGUACAAAAUUUGAAAAAGCAACUGACAUGAAUACUGGACAUGAAUAGAAAAAUACCAGACUUAACAGCCCAUAUGGAGAGGACACUAUCAACGGAUCACACAAGUAAUGCAUUUGGGAAUAGACCAAUACAAAUUUUGAGUAACAACUUUGCUAUUGACGUUAAGGUUUCAAUUUUUCAAGAAGAAAAAGAUGAUAACCCAUUUAAUUUUUUACGCGACAUUAGAGAAUAUUUUAGGCUCAAAUUUGUUCCGGACGAGUUAAAAUUAUCCAUUAGCAGAACUGCGUUGAAGGGUCGUGCUAAAAUAUGCUUUGAAAAUUCGAGAUAUUAGUUCACAAAUUUCGAAAGUUUUGAAAACGAAUUUAGAACUCAAUUUCAUUCGAUAGACCGACAAAUAAAAAUAAGGUGAAAGUGGAGCAAUAGUAAAUAUACUUAUCAGGAUGGUGCGCUACGAAUAUAUUAAAAAAAAAAACAAAAAACCACCCAAGCAAAAGAAAUCAUGAAACAUGCAGGAGAGUCGGAGAUGAACUCAAUUAUUGUUAGUCAGUUACCAAAUCACGUAAGACAAAAAUUAGCGGGAACUAAAGAAGCGGAAAAUAUAUUAAAAAUAUUAUCAAAUUUAGAUUCAAUACGGAAAGAAAAAGAACUAGAAAAAAAAACAGCCAACACAACUCUUAAAAUUUAUAUAAUGUACAGCAAAUAAACGCGAAAUAUAACUCGAAUCAGUAUACAAACCAACAAACAAGCUCAAACUAUAAUAGUAGCAGGAAUCAAAACAACAACACAAAUUUCGUAGCGCCAAACACGUCAAUACCACCACCUAACUUUCAUCCAUAUCGGAACGUAAACACGCAUUAUUACAAUCAAUCACAGAAUCAAAAUUUAAACUAGUAACCGACUCGUUGAAAAAAGAUAAUUAAAAAUUGUGACCUAUGUCAACGCGUGAAAUACAACAACGUAUGCAUGGAGGGCGAAUACCAAAAUAUUAUACCUAACCUAACCACUAGAAUUAGUAACUUUAGAUUUUUAUGGACCACUCCCAACAUCAAUUGGCGGCGUCCAAUACCUAUUAGUUAUUAUGGACGCGUUUUCAAAACAUGUCUCUCUCUAUCUCUAUCCAGUCUGCAACUACCAGAAUUAGCUUAAGGGGUUAGGGGUACCUACUCAGGAUUUUCAAAAAAUCAAUUUUUUUUUUUUUGCAUUUUCGUUAAGUGUAAUAUCUUAAAAAUAUUCUCUGAAAAUUUGAAGUUGAUCCGAUAAUUACUUUUCGAGUUAUUCGACAAGUAACAAAGAGGGGGCGGGCACUCCAAAACGCUCGGGAGGAGGUAGCUGGCGGCAGCUAAAUUAAAUAUACAAACUACAUUGGCGAUGGUGAUUCGAAAACCUAUUCUGGAAUUAUAAAAGCAGAUCCUUACAAAAAUACAACUAUAAAUAAAAAGGAAUGUAUAGGCCAUGUUCAAAAGCGGAUGGGGACUCGACUGCGUACUCUGAAAACUAAACAAAAGGGUCUUGGUGGUAGAGGUAAGCUCACAGGAAAAGUAAUAGACAAAUUAACUGUGUACUAUGGUUUAUCAAUACGUCGUCAUUGCGAUUCUAUGGAAGAUAUGAAAUCUGCUAUUAUGGCAACUUUUUACCACUACGCUUCGGCUGAUGAAAAUCCGAAUCAUGAUAUGUGUCCAAAAGGCGAAGAUUCUUGGUGCUCUUACCAGCGCGCUGAAGCAAGUGGAGAGCUUGAUACUUAUACUUAUGAUUAUUCUCCCUUACCUCCUGAUGUUUUAGAAGCUAUUAAACCGAUUUACGACGAUCUCAGUAAUGAUAAUUCACUUUCAAGAUGUGUAGGUGGAUUCAAUUAAAAUAAUAAUAGUCCAGUAGAUAUGGCCCUAAAAAGACAAUUUCGUCGAACAGCCCACAAAGCUCACACAAUACGUUUUUGGCCAUUCUGAAUCGAUCUACGCAUGAAUUUUAACUAUUAACCCCCGGCGUCAGGGUGUAAUUAAUUAUUUAAGGGUUGAAACGCGCAUAUCACGCGAACGAAUGAGAAAUCGAGAAAAAGUUUCAAACAAAUGUUAAAGUUCGCAAAAUUUCACGUAAAAAACAUUUGAACUUUUUUUUUCUAUCAUUCAUAGAUACUGAGCUAGAUAAGUUCAAAGUUUCGCUACCUCUAAAAAUGACAAAAACGCGCAGAGCACCACUGGAGCGCCGAGAGAGAUAGCAGCUAUGCUAUCCUACUUCCACUCACAGCCGCUUUUCCAUGGCUCUGCGCAUGCUCCAUCGACGGCGGUCAGUGAGUGCAAGUGAGAGCGAGCCUAGCAAACAUCGAUUUUCUCUCUCUGCGCGCAGCUGCCAGUGUUAGAUUCGGUAUUCGGGUUUUCGAGCGUUACAGCGUCAAAGUUUAAAGUUCGUUAUUCUUGGUUUUUCAGUGCGUUCUUAGCGGUUCAAAGUUCGAAUUGUAUAUAUUAAUGUGCAAGACCCGAUUUUCGGAAUGAUUGUUAAUUUCAAUUGGAGCUAUAUUCAUGUAUAGAUAUGGAUCCACUUCAAUCGCAUCAAUCGUGUCCUUUCUGCAAUGCUCCUGUCAGUAACAAAGGGGAUAAAGUAAUCGUUAAAAAAAAGGUUUAGCAACGCUAAUUCAAAAAAGUCAAUCGAAGAGUGAUGACAAAUGGAGACAGUGGGCUGACUUAGUUGAAUUGGCUGUCAUACUUCUUGUCGAUUGCGGUAUUUGACCUCAUCUGUAGCUAAACCAAAAAUCCCUACAGAUGACUACACAACAUCCUCUCCGGGGAAAUCUCACACACCUGACGUUUAAACGGCUUCCUCAACUGCAACACAAAUUCCAGCAUCAGUGCUGAAGUCCUCUAGCUUGCAUGUCGAUAUAAAUCUGUCAACUAAGCCACCAGUCACACUUGAAGAUGUCAGUGAUUUUGAUUUCGUCAAAUUUUGUUUUUUUUUUGUGGUGGCGAAUGCAGUACAAAACGAGGUCGAAACAAAUGGAGCACAGUGAAUCAAACUUUUUUUCUGGAUAAAGUAUUAGAUGCAGCUACUAAUCGAGAGGAUAAUUUGGCGGCAACAGUCGUACACAGGCUCGAUGGAAUUUCCUCCUUAGUUGAUGUGAAAGCAAGAUAUUGCAGAAAAUGUUACGGGAAUUUUUUUACGAUCCAAACCGCACGUACUCCAUCACCUGCGUCUGCUUUAAACGAAAAGUCAUUUCAAAGUGUUUGUACAUACAUUGAAAAAAGCGGUAAAUUUGAAUUUACCCUGACAGAAUUACAAAACGUAAUGAAAUCAAACUGCCUUGACAGAAGGACUCUCUAUGCCAAGUUAGACAAGAAAUAUGGGAAAUCUAUUUAUAUUCGUCAAGAAAGAGGAAAACCUACAAUUAUUUAUUAUAAAUAUUUCAACAUAGGGAGUAAAUCGUCUGAAGAACAACGGCCCAACUGCUCAGCUUUGGCUUCAAUACUUUGAGAUGGUCACUACUGCAUUGCAAUUCGUUGAAGCUGAGCGAUUAGGAGACUGGAAUUUACAUGUGCAAUGUGUGAAGCAAAUGCUUCCGGUAUUUCAUGCGGUAGGUCACUUGCCAUAUGCAAAGAGUGCACAAAUAUAUUUGCAGGAUAUGGCAGCGUUGGAAUCUAAGAUGGAUCCUGACGAGUUCGAUAAAUUUACGAGACAAGGCUUUUUCACAAUAAGGCGAUCAGACAAGCCUUGGUCCGGCGUGUGGAGUGAUAUGACGAUUGAACAGACGCUGAAUCGAUACUUUGGAACUGAUCUUAUACACGGAAGAGGAAUAACAGCAGGAGUGAUUUCACGAUAUCUACUAGCCAUGCCUUCAACCUUCAAUGUUAUGGAAUGUGUAGAGGAGUUUUUCAACAUACACACGGUAUCAAGUGAACAGCACAAAGAUCUGGGUGUUUCGCGCCAAAAGAGAGACGAAGAUGAUUUAAACAAGUUUCUGUCUUGGAUCGACAGCCACCAACCAUUUCAACCACGAGCUACUUGCAUGUCCUUAUCGACAGGAUUGUAUUCUACUGAAAUCGACUGUCAUUUGGCAAUAGCUAAAGGGAGAAAAGCAAUGUUGAGCAUGUUAGGACAGAAUGCUAAAAAUAUCUCGCUGUCAAUGUUAAACAAAGUGAAGAAUUUAGAUUCACUGAAAGCAAGCAUUCACUUAGCUAACACUCCACACCUUGCAGGCGACUCCACAUUGUUAUUCCAACGCAUUUCAGUCGUAUUUAAAAGUGACCCAGUAGAAACGCGAAACGCGUUUGAUUAUGAACUUGCGCCAUAUCCGCUCACAUUGUUUGACGAAAAAGGAUACAUGCGGAAAACUUCCAAGGCCAAUUUAUACAAGAUAUUUGAAAAACACAAGUCUAACAUUCCAACAGAGAUAUUUCUAGAGAGCUUCGUCUUUGUACUUGAUGGGGGCUUUUUAUUGCAGAGCGUAUCUUGGCCACACGGCGUAACUUAUCGCGAUAUUUUCCGGAAAUACCGGACUAACAUUACACAUAAUUAUCGUGGCAAUGCCUACGUAGUGUUUGAUGGUUACGACAAUGACUCUAUCGGCAUGAAAUCGUAUGAAAGAUAUCGACGAGGCGAAACGAAUGUAACAGCAAAUAUUGAUUUCACUGAAGACAGGCUCGUCACACUCACUCAGAAGAAGUUUUUGUCCAACAUCGGAAACCAAUCUAGAUUUCUUAAACUGUUAUCUAAGUAUUUACGAGACAAUAACGUUCGAGUUAACAUAGCAGCAGAAGACGCGGAUACUUUAAUAGUGAAAACAGUGAUCCAGGUGAACAACUCAAUCGAAGGUCCUGUUGCAGUCGUUGAGAAUGAUACCGAUUUAUUAGUGCUUCUCAUCGCUUUGAACGAUAACAGGAGAAAGGAUAUUUAUCUAUAUAAAAUUGUUCCUGGCAAAGCAAAGGAUUUGUACGCCGCAGCAGAUCAGGAUGAAUUCAAGGAAUUCAUACUAUUUGCACACGCAUUCGUUGGAUGCGAUACAACGAGUGCGAUGUACAUGAAUGGUAAGAAGACCCUGUUGAUUCUCCUGCAGAAGAACGAAGAGCUUCGAAAUCUGGCCAAGAUCUUCUACGACCGUCAAAGUAAAAUUGAUGCAUCAUGCAGUGCAGCAGAAACAUUCGUUCUCCAUUUGUAUGGCUGUAUUAAUAAAGACGACAAACAUAAGAAAAUGUCGCUUGGUGAGGCACGAUAUAAAAAAUUCGUGUUGUCGGCAGCUACGGGUACAAGUGCGAUUCGCCUGGCUAAAUUACCGCCAACUACAGCCGCAUUGCAUGAACAUGCAAAGCGUGUGUACCUGCAAGUUCAAUCGUGACUGGGCAACACGUUACCGCUCGACAAUUGGGGGUGGAAAAGGCACUCAUCUCUUCUGUAUCCAAUCAUGUCAACUGCAAGUCCAGCUCCUCAUGAGCUUUUGAAAAUGAUUUCCUGCGGCUGCACAACACACUGUGUCACAUCUCGCUGCGGGUGCGCAAAAGCUGGAAUGAGAUGUUCUGAAUUAUGCAAAAAUUGCAAUGGUAUCAGUUGUGCAAAUCCUUCCAUCAUAAGGCGACCUGCCUUGGAAGAAAAUGACGUAGAUGACCCUGCUCCUAACGAAUUUCCUAUUGCUCAGAAUGAAAUAAGUCAGGACCAAAAGGCUGAUACGAUUAAUGAAGACUAUGAAACACUCGAUGACAAUAAUGAUUUUCAUGAUACGGAAACACAUUUGCAAUUUGAAGAAUUGUAAAAAAAUACUAUGUAUAAUUGAAAAAAAUUUAUUUGGACAAAAAUACUGUAUUAAGAGUCGAAAAGACAAAUACUUCCUCAAACGUCGAGGCGAACAAAAUGCAACAUGCUCGCUCUCACUUACACUCACUGACCGCCGUCGAUGGAGCAUGCGCAGAGCCAUGGAAACGCGGCUGUGAGUGGAAGUAGGAUAGCAUAGCUGCUAUCUCUCUCGGCGCUCCAGUGGUGCUCUGCGCGUUUUUGUCAUUUUUAGAGGUAGCGAAACUUUGAACUUAUCUAGCUCAGUAUCUAUGAAUGAUAGGAAAAAAAAGUUCAAAUGUUUUUUACGUGAAAUUUUGCGAACUUUAACAUUUGUUUGAAACUUUUUCUCGAUUUCUCAUUCGUUCGCGUGAUAUGCGCGUUUCAACCCUUAAAUAAUUAAUUACACCCUGACGCCGGGGGUUAAUAGUUAAAAUUCAUGCGUAGAUCGAUUUAGAAGGUCCAAAAACGUAUUGUGUGAGCUUUGUGGGCUGUUCGACGAAAUUGUCUUUUCAGGGCCUUAUCUACUGGACUAUAAUGAGAGUUUCAACCAACUAGUGUGGAAAAUAUGCCCAAAAACCCUGAAUACGAGUUCUACUAUUGUACAAAUUGCUGCAUACAUAGCUACUUGUAUAUUUAAUGAAGGUAUAAAAUCAUUAUUAAUGAUUAUGGAUACCCUGUAAAUUAAAUGUGGGUCUAAUUCCCAUCGGUAUGCCGAAAAAAAGGAUGCUGUACGUGUAAAAGUGGUAGAUCAGCGCGCCAAUGACAACGCUCGGAAAAGCAGAAUGCUCUGUAGACAACAGCCAAUUGAUGUUUUGGAAACUUCCACAAUGGCUGAAGAACUAUUAUAUGGCCCAGGAAUAGAUGAUUCGGUAUGAAUCUCCAAGGACUUCUGAUGGUCACCGCAAGGAUCGUUUGUUGGAACUGGGUCAACACAAACAGCUAUAACUUUAGAAAUUAUGAAUUUUUUUUUUCAAAUUUUCGUGACUUGAAGUCAAAACAUUGUGUAAAAAUGUCAUAUUGUCACUUAUGUGAAAUAACAUGAUUUAAUACCAAAAAAAAAAUACUGAAAAUUCUCAUUUUUUCGUGUGUCUGAGUACCCCUAACCCCUUAAUAAAACUGAUAAAAGAUUAUUUUCCGAAGAUGGGAACACCAUAAG